CGAAGACGCGCGUGGACGUGUAUACGCACAAACAAACAGAAAGCUUGCACGUUGGAUAUAUAAAGCAGCGAAUAACGUUGCUCUUUAUCAGGAGCGAAAUAAAGAGCAGAUCUUAUCUAGAGACGUAGAAUACCUUUAAAUAUAAUCUGGCUUGGUGGUAAAUUUGUGAUUGCCAAGGAUGGAUGCAACAGUCAAACAUUUAAGAAUCCCCCCUGAAAUGGCUGUUUAUGCAGAGAAGCAUGAAAUAUUCGACCUUAUCCAGGCACUGGUGAGAAACCUUAUAAUUGACAAGCCAACAGAUCCUAUUCAGUAUCUGAUAGGACUGCUGAAAAAGGAAAGCAUUGAAGUCCCAAGGGUUAUACUGUUGGGUCCACCAGCCUCUGGGAAACGAACCAUAGCAAAAAAGUUGUGUGAGCGCAUUGGUGCUAUCCACAUAACUGCCAGCGAUAUCCUUAAGGCUGACACUGACAUAACCAGGGCUGCGCUGCAGUACAGACAGAACAAUCAGGAUGUCCCAAAAGACCUUUGGAUAAAACUGAUACAGCAGCGCCUGUCAAAGAGUGACUGUGUGCGACGGGGCUGGGUACUAGAAGCCAUCCCUAAGAAUGGAGAAGAGGCUUUGUGUCUACAGGAAGCAGGCAUCUCCCCAGAGCACGUUGUGAUGCUACAGGCACCUGACGGCAUCCUGACUGAAAGGAUUCUGGGCAAGAGGAUAGACCCUGUCACAGGAGAUGUGUAUCAUGUCACUUUCAUAUGGCCAGAGAGUGCUGACGUGGCUCAACGUCUGGAGAGGCCACAGGGCCUGAUGACCAAGGACCUUAUGCGUGCAACUCUUGAGCUAUAUCACAGGCAGGCACACACUCUACAGAGCACCUACCGCAGCUGCCUGAGGGUCAUCAAUGCUGACCAGCCUCAUGUAGAUGUGUUUGCCCAAGUACUGACCUAUGUCAUGACCAGGCCCCACUCCGCCGCGCCUCACACUCCCAGGAUCCUCCUGCUGGGACCGCCAGGAUCUGGGAAAAGUCUGCAGGCCAGCCUGCUUGCCCACAAAUACAGCAUAGUUGACAUUUGUUGUGGUGAGCUUUUGAAGGCAGCAGCAGCGGAUGGGACCAGUAUGGGAGAGCUCAUUAAACCCUUCCUGGAGUCAGGACGCCAAGUGCCAGACGUCAUGGUGCGACAGAUACUGACUGAGAGGCUGAGCAGGCUGGACUGUACCACCCGUGGCUGGGUCUUACACGGCUUCCCCCGCGAUGUGGACCAGGCUGCCGAGCUUCAGGAGGCAAACUUCAGUCCCAGCAGGGUCUUUUUUCUCGAGAUGGACGACGACGUUGCUGUUGCACGGCUAGCUCUCAGAUCCGUCGAUCCUGCUACUGGAGAGAGGUACCACGCGCUGCACAAGCCUGCGCCAAAUCGCGAGGUGCAGGCCCGGCUGUGGUAUGACCCGUGGGACUCUGAGGAGGAGCUCCAGAAGAGGCUGAAGGAUUACUGGAGUCAGACGGCUGCCCUGCAGGCCUUCUAUCCGCAGGCUGUACGGAUCAACGCUGACCAGGAUCCCCACGCUGUGUCCGAGUGCCUGGAGAGCGUGCUGGUGGGGCGUCUUCCCAAAGUCCCGCCUGGCAGUCCGUCAGUGGUCUUGUAGAGCGGGGUCAUUUUGUGCAGUCUUUUCAUUUGUAUACUGUACGAUUGGACCAUCUCUUCCUUCGCUUAAUAAACUGAUAAACCAAUUCAUAAUUAAAACAUUUACUUGGAA